GGCCCCGGAAGUGGUGGAGCCAACCGCCCGCCAGGCUUUGGCCGUUCUAGCGCCCGCGGUGCUCUCCGGGAUCCGACAUUUGUCCACGAAACAGCAUCUCCCUGGUGUCAAUCAACGUUGUCGCGCAAGAAGUAAAGUCCGAGGAGGUUAACGAACCACUCGAACGCGCCACCGGCAAGGAGAUUGUCUUCCUCUUCUCCAAGAUGUACAGAACCAAAGUGGGCUUGAAGGACCGCCAGCAGCUCUACAAGCUGAUCAUUAGCCAGCUGCUCUAUGAUGGCUACAUCAGCAUUGCUAAUGGCCUCAUUAAUGAGAUCAAGCCUCAGUCUGUCUGUGCGCCCUCGGAGCAGCUGCUGCAUCUCAUCAAACUAGGAAUGGAAAAUGAUGAUACCGCAGUUCAGUAUGCAAUUGGUCGUUCAGAUACAGUUGCCCCGGGCACAGGAAUUGACCUGGAAUUUGAUGCAGAUGUCCAGACCAUGUCCCCAGAGGCUUCAGAGUACGAAACGUGCUAUGUCACUUCCCAUAAAGGACCGUGCCGCGUAGCUACGUACAGUAGAGAUGGGCAGUUAAUAGCUACUGGAUCUGCUGACGCUUCCAUAAAGAUACUUGACACAGAGAGAAUGUUGGCCAAAAGUGCCAUGCCGAUCGAGGUCAUGAUGAAUGAGACUGCACAGCAGAACAUGGAGAACCACCCAGUGAUUCGAACGCUUUACGACCACGUGGAUGAAGUCACCUGUCUCGCUUUCCACCCAACAGAACAGAUCCUUGCCUCUGGCUCAAGGGAUUAUACUCUUAAAUUAUUUGAUUAUUCCAAGCCAUCUGCAAAAAGAGCCUUCAAAUACAUUCAGGAAGCCGAAAUGUUACGCUCCAUCUCUUUUCAUCCUUCCGGAGACUUUAUACUUGUUGGGACUCAGCACCCUACUCUUCGGCUUUAUGAUAUCAAUACAUUUCAGUGUUUUGUCUCCUGCAAUCCUCAAGAUCAACACACCGAUGCUAUAUGCUCCGUGAAUUACAAUCCUAGUGCCAAUAUGUAUGUAACUGGUAGCAAGGACGGCUGCAUCAAGCUAUGGGAUGGUGUUUCAAAUCGAUGCAUCACAACUUUUGAGAAAGCCCAUGAUGGUGCUGAAGUUUGUUCUGCCAUUUUCUCCAAGAAUUCGAAAUACAUUCUCUCCAGUGGAAAAGACUCUGUAGCUAAACUUUGGGAGAUAUCGACAGGACGAACGCUGGUCAGAUACACAGGUGCCGGCUUGAGCGGGCGGCAGGUGCACCGAACACAGGCCGUGUUCAACCACACUGAGGACUACGUGCUGCUCCCUGACGAGAGGACCAUCAGCCUGUGCUGCUGGGACUCUCGCACGGCCGAGCGCCGCAACCUGCUCUCCCUGGGCCACAACAACAUCGUGCGCUGCAUCGUGCAUUCGCCCACCAACCCCGGCUUCAUGACGUGCAGCGACGACUUCCGAGCACGGUUUUGGUACCGGAGAUCCACUACGGACUAACUCGCCUCCAGGAUCUAGGGUUCUUGUCUCGAGGACUGUGCCCCUUCUGCCCCGCGCCCCAUCACCAGCUCCGGUCGUAAGUCACUGCACCACCUGGCAGGUGUGCUGCCAGCUCUCCAUCCUUCUUGGAUUUGUACAAAAGAAUCUUUUUUUACCUUGAUGUAGAAUCAUGGUGGGAAAAGUUGGAAACGCAGAUCUGUGCGGUGGUUCUGCAUUCACUGAUUAUUACAGUGUGAUUUUCAUCAGUUUUGUAAAUACAGGACUUGCCAUUUCUCUUGAAUCUCUUGAUCAUUUGAAGAAGGAUAGAGUAUUAAAGUGCUUUCUAGAUCUCAA